CCUUGCUUUUCAAUGCGUUUGAGUAUUCAGUGAAUGAAGAAACCUUCAAUUAAACCAGUUGAAUGGCGCGGUGUUACUGUCGCUGGCGUAACCUGUUAAUCUGUGUAUGCGGUCCAUGCAUCUGCCUGGCCCUGCUGUUCAUCUAUGUCGCUGUCAUGUUGUGUUUGAGCUUGAACAGCACAGGAAUGCCAACAGUCUUGAAUCCUCUUCACUUUGUGGCCUCAGGAACUUUUAGUAAUGGGAGCUUUGCCCCACUGCCUAAAACUUUCUGGGAGUUCCACCUGCAUGGAAAUGCCUUUUGGAACCGACUACAGCUGGCCAUCGACCGCCAUUUCAACCCCAUCCUGCGUUCCAAAAACACCAAAAAGGGAUUUGAAAGCAGCAUCGUUAAUGAUUCCCUACUGAGGCAAAGUUUCUCUGAAGUUACUAACUUGGACAGCACGAGGAGAGACUUUUACAAGCUGCCAGAGCUGAUGCGAGACUUUGUGGUACACAUGAACAGGAGGGACUACCCAGUCCUCCUUCACCCAGAUGCAGUAUGUGGAGCUGGGGCAAAAGAUGAGAGGGAGCCCCCACUGCUUCUUCUAGCCAUCAAGACAACAGAGCUGAACUUCAAGAACCGACAAGCCAUCCGAAGGACCUGGGGUCAGGAGGGUUGGGUGGCAGGACAGAGGAGGAACAGCAGCAGAGGAAAAGCAGACGGAGGAUACGUCCGCAGGGUGUUCCUGCUAGGAAAAGAGAACCCUCAGGAGCUGGGCGUGGAUGUGUCUCAUCUACUGCAGUUGGAGAGUAAGCGUUAUGGAGACAUUCUGCAGUGGGAUUUCAGUGACACAUUUUUCAACCUCACCUUGAAGGAUGUGCUCUUCUGGAGCUGGUUCUCAGAUGUUUGCGACCAGACUCGCUUCGUCUUUAAGGGGGAUGACGACGUCUUCGUCAACACACCGAGAAUGAUAUCCUUCCUCCAGGACCAGCUGAGGAAACCACAAGCUGACAAGGCUAUGAACGACUUCAUGGUCGGAGAUGUCAUAGGAGCGGCAUUACCCAAUCGAGUCGACAAGUCCAAGUACUUCGUCCCAGACAGCUUCUACAAGGGCAUCUAUCCUACAUAUGCAGGCGGGGGAGGGGUGGUGUACUCAGGCCUGCUGGCCAAACGCCUACACAACGUAUCUAAAAGAAUUCACCUGUUCCCCAUUGACGAUGUUUUUGUAGGGAUGUGUAUGGUUCGGCUUAACACACACCCCAUCCACCACCCUGCCUUCCUUACGUUUGACUUUCCUGACAAGGAUGAGGAGAAGCUGUGUGCGUACCACAGAAUCUUACUGGUCCACAAACGAAGCCCCACCCAGAUGGUUAAACUGUGGGCAGACAUGAAAAAGAGACAGAUACGGUGUUGGGGUGUGCCCCUGAGGGCGGCAAACAAGAAGGAAAACAAAAAAAAACUGUAG